AUGACCAGUUCUCAUGAUGUAAUACGCUCUCAGCCGGAUGGGCUUCGAAAACUUAAAUACGAAGAUGGCCCUAGGGAAACUGCAAAAAUCCACAAAAAAAUUAAGGAGAGAUCCAAAAAGCUGCACAAACAACCAAACAAGGAUCCAGGGUGCAGUACCGAAGAUUACAACGUAGUACAACGCAAUACAAGCGGAGCCCGGUCAGACACCGAAAGCUCUUCAUCAGACGAUCCAUCAAAUGAAGACGACGAAUCGUCUCCUGUCUCAUCAGGAGAUACCGCCAGUGACUCGGGAGCAAAAGAUAUUCCUGCGAAAGAAAGUGGUUUGCGGUGCUGCUUACUAUGCGCUUGUUCCGAAUGUUGUAUGCGCCGUAACUGUCCAGAACGUUGGGAUAAGCUCUAUUACUACCUUCAGACACAGAGCCAGCACUGCCCAAACGGCUGCCCUACAAUCGUACCUCGUCCGGAGGAAGAAGACUGGAAACAUCCUGGUGGAUACGGAAGCAAAUACGCCUGCUGCUCAUUUUGCGGUCAUCCUGGCUGCAUAAUCUGUCUGAAGUACACCGACUGCUUACUCUGUCCGAUUUUACCAGUAUGGGAAUGUUGCAAAGGGAUUGACGAUGGAUACAGAAGAUACCGUAUUCAACUGCGUCUGUAUCGCUACAGGGAUUCCCAUAAGAAACGAUACCUAGUUCUGGUUUAACCAAGUGGGAAAUGACUGAACGUAUAAAUCUCUGGAAAACGUCUAUUCCGUUGACUGGCAAGCUAUGAGACUACGGAAGAGCAGCACCCCAACAGCUUCAUCCAUUGCAUGCUCUGAUCAGAAGCCACGUUCACCAGAGAAUUCAAACGCUCUCCGCUUUAGUGGUGAACUACUUGGACCACCUAAAUGUUGGGACCUACAGACUGUAACCAACUUUACCGGCAGUUUCCCCCUACUACAUUGCAAAAACUUUUGAAGCUCAUAUUCAACAGUGAGGCUUAUUGCUUCCUUCCUUGUAACCUCAUUAUCCAAUGCAAAAUUGAAGUCAUUCUCUAAGGAAUAACGCUGGCUCUCGCCCAUUGGUUCAUUUAAAGCUUUCCUCAAC